AUGGUAGUUGGUUCUGCGCCCGGUCGUUCCGCUUCCCCGCACCCCACGGCCUUCCACCCACGACACCUGGCACCUCAAGACCCUUCAGAUCCUUCCCGCCGUUCGGGGCGGGCGGAGCGGAGCGCACGAGUGCGGAGUCCGGCCAGAGCGCCGGCCCACCUCGGCCCAGCCUCCGGCCUCGGCGCCAGGAGAGCUCGAAACCCUCACCUGCACAAGGUGAUGCAGGAGGUGGAGAAGCGCUUGCCGGAGUUCACCUGCGUGGAUUUGGCGCUGACCGCGUGGUCGAUAGCGACCAUGAAAUGGGAGCCGCCAGGCCUCUACGACCGCAUCAGCAAGCUUUCCCUGGCUUGUAUUGCCGAAUUCCAGCCACAAGCCUUAGCAAACAUCAUGUGGGCCACAGCCACCUUGAAGAAAGAGAACGAUGCACUGAUCCGUCACGCGGCCUUCACCGCGGCGAAGCUCUUGGAUGCCGGUCAGGACUUUCGACCUCAUGAGUACUCCACCAUGGUGUGGUCGAUGGUCAUCACGCAAGCUCGCGAGGAGUGCCUUUUCAGCAGAGUUUCAGGCCAUGUGCUUCGACGGGUCUCGGAGUUUGGGCCACAGGAGCUCACCAACACUGCCUGGGCCUUCGCCUCUUUGGGCAUCCGCACCGAGGGCCUUUUCGAAGCCUUGGGAAAAGAGUGUCAUUCCAAGCUCCGGCAAUUCAAUACGCAGAAUUUGACCAAUGUCGCUUGGGCAUAUUCUCAUUUGGCGGUGGGCAGUGAAGAGCUGCUGUCGGACGUGGCACGGAUCGCCCAUGCGCGCAUUCACGAGAUGAACGUCCAGGACCUGGCCCAGCUGGCCUUGACGCUGGUCUUCACCCGACGAUCCGGCCUGGAUGAGUCCAGUGCGUCCGCCGAGUCCGUCUCGGGCGUGCUGGGCACGCGUGAGCUGACGGUGGCUUUGGUGGUGGAGGUGACGAAAGCGAUGGUCCUGAAGAUCCAACGGGGCGGCCUCACGACUCCAGAUGACGCAUGGAUCGUGCAUGACUUGGUCAUGGUUUGGAUGGAGGAAAGCGAGGCCGAGAAGUUGCUGGGCGAUGCCUGGAGAGCGCUCGAUGCGUACAUGGACCGCUUGUACCAUCAGGUCAUGGACUUCCUGCGGACCACGCCGCUCCUGGCCCGCGCCUUGGCAUGUGGCUCCGUGGUGCAAUCGGCCCACGUGCCCAUCUACGAACAGUCCUUUCGAGACCUAGACCUCAGGUCCUUGGGCAUCAAGUACACCGGACUUCUUUUAGAGGAGCUCGGCCUGAUGGACAGGUCGAUGGAUGGACUCACCGAGACGGCGCGAGAACGUUUAGCCGAGGAGCGACAGCAGAUGCUGCGCCAGGACCCUGGCGCUGGCAGUCAAAACUGGUGCCUCUUCCGCUUUCACUUGCACUCGGAACUUCGGGAAGCCCAGGAGCUGGAGGGGAUCCGUGUGCGAAGCUGUGGUGGGGAUCCCUUGGCCUUGGAGCUCUUGGAUCCACCCCGCGAGGCGCACUUGGUGGCGGUGAAGCUGAGCAACGAUCGCUUGAACCACCGGCGCCGCGACGCGGAGUUUCGGGCGAUCGCGCACCUCGCCGGAGUGCUGCGGAGCCUCAUCCCCGACGCUGAUCGGCUCAUGCAGGCGAAUGCUUUUGGUCAAAGAUGCUCCUUCACCUCCAUCCUGGAGCCCGGCUGGGCAGUGCGAGGCUUCAACACGACGUCUCCACAACUGGUUGAGAAUCCUCCGCAUUACUAUUGGGUGGCCGCUCCUGCGGGCGGAACCACUCCAGAGUGGAAGUAUUGUCUCCUGGAAAGCUGCGCGUUGGCCACGUGCGACGCAGGGCAAUUACCUCGAACCGAUGCAGCGGAGAUCGUCCCGGUGAACAAAUCGGACUGCUGCGAAGCGUCCUGCGGGCAGUUUCCAUGUCCUUCAGGCUUUACCUUGCGAGCAGAUGCCAACACCACGGUCGCACACGGCGAGGGAACAUGUUGCGAGCGCUUGUGCAGCAGUUUUCAUUGCCCGGCAGCCUUCGAACCCAUUUUCAACGCGCACCUCGUGAAGGGUGACCGUGUCUCGCAGUGUUGCAGGAAGCUGCCCGAGUGUCAGAUGAAUUCCAACUACAAACCCGUGGACAUGGCCGGCACGAAGCCUCGCAAGGUCGAUUCAGCUGCCCAAUGCUUUGAACUCUGCGAGAGGACUCCGCUUUGCUCGGGUUUUUCAUGGUUUAGAGACAGAAGCUGCCACCUUGCGGACGCAAAUGCAAGCUUGCAGUUUAGUGCACACAGUGUGAGUGGAAACCGUUCUUGCUAUGCGAAGCUGGCGCCGCGUGCGCCUGAGAAAAAAGCUGCGACCAAGGGGCAGCUCUCGCGAUCGUAUUGCCAGCGCCAGCCCAAGCGCUGCAGUGGCCGAAGCUUCGAAACCGUUGGCCCUCGAGUGUGGAAUGACUACAAAAGCAGUGUCACGCGGGGUGUGGAAGUCGUGGAUUGGGAUGGCGACGGUUUCUUGGACAUUGUAACUGUCCCAUCACUAAUCUCAGAGGAAGAUUGGGCAGGGCUUGAUGCAAGCCUAGACUUGCACAUUCAACUUCACAACGAUCCUCUCCCAAAAGGCCACAUUACUUUGGACGAUUCUAUGGAUACGGUCGAUCGACCGCAGCUCUCGAUCUUUGAUUGGGAUUCGGACGGCAAAUUGGAUUUGCUCCUUGGGAUGGGGUCCGGCAGAUUGAGGUUCUUCAAGGGUGUUGACCCACCGGCAGGACAGGUCCGAGACUUUCAGCCUGCAGGAGCCACACCCAUUCACUUCCAUCCGUGGAAACAAUAA